AUGAUCAACUUCCUCAAAGAGACGCCCGCGGGCCAGUUCCUCCGCCUGCUGGGUCUCCGGUCUGAGAAUCUCUUGUACCCGGAGGAGAAACCUGGCUUCGAGCCCUCCAGGAGGCUCCCGAUCGACCGCGACACAGCACCGUCUCCGGCCGAAAGCGACCUGGAGAAGAUCCUGCCCAAGCAGGCCGCUGCCACCAUCACCGCGUUGGAGAAAGACAACAUGACACUGUCCGCCGGCGGGGAAGACGACGAGGCGGCCUUCGUCGUCGUGUCCUGGACCGACGAGCACGAUCCCGAGAACCCACGCAACUGGUCCGAGAAUAAGAAGAUGUGGACCCUCUCCGUGGUCAACUUGUACACGUUCUGCGUCUACUGCACGGCCUCCAUCAUCACGCCCACCGCCGGAGCCAUCCAGGAGCGAUACGGUGUCUCUAUCAUCGUGGCCAGCCUGGGGCUGUCCAUGUAUGUCGUUGGCUAUGGUCUGGGACCCAUGUUCUUCUCUCCCAUCAGCGAAAUCCCCCGCAUCGGCCGGAACCCUCCUUACCUCUGGUCCUUCGUGGCCUUUUUCGCCGUCUCCAUCGGCCUGGCCUUCGUCGACAAUUUCCCCGCCAUCAUUGUCCUCCGCUGGCUGCAAGGCCUGUUCGGCAGUCCCGCCUUGGCCAGCGGUGCCGCGUCAAUUGAAGACAUAUACGACAUCUACAGUGCCCCCUAUGGCUAUGUGUGGUGGAUUGCGGCCAUGUAUUGCGGCCCUGCUGUCGGCCCGUUGAUGGCUGGAUAUGCUGUGCCUCAUAAUUGGAGAUGGCCGCUCUACGAAGUCAUCAUCAUGUCCGGGAUCAUCCUGUUCCUGCUCCCCUUCCUACCCGAAACCUACCCAGGCACCAUCCUGCUCAACCGAGCGAAGCGCCUUCGCAACGCCACUGGGGACGAUCGCUACCGGGCCGAGAGCGAACUGCACCCGAUCCCCUUGAAGACGCUCCUCUGGGAAGCCCUGGUGCGCCCACUGGAGAUCACCAUCAAGGACCCGGCCGUGCUCUACGCGGCGCUGUACGGCGGGCUCGUCUACGCCACAUACUACUCCUUCUUCGAGGCCUUCCCGCUGGUCUACCUGGGCACGUACGGGAUGUCGCUGGGCCAGCUGGGGCUGAUCUUCCUGGGUUUGAUGACCGGCUGCAUCUUCGGCCUGACCUCCUACUACGUCUACCUGCGGCGCUGGUUCAUCCCGCGGGCGCGCAAAUACCACGCCGAGAAGGGCAAGGCGGUGGAGCAGGAGGAGUGGCUCCGACCCGGCAUGGCGGGCGUCUGGGGGCCCCCGAUCGGCCUGCUCGUCUUCGCCUGGACCGCCCGCGCGGACGUUCACUGGAUCGCCCCCACCAUCGGCAUCAACAUCUGGGCCGCUGGCAGCUUCUGCAUGUUCCAGAGCAUCAUCUGCUACAUCGCCCUGGCCUACCCCAAGUACGUCGCCUCGCUGUUCGCCGCCAACGACUUCGCGCGCUCCAUGCUCGCGGCGGGCUUUGUGCAGUUUUCGAGGUCCAUGUACGUCGAUCUCGGCAUUGGGAAGGGCGUCACCGUCAUCGCCGGCCUCUCCGGGGUGGGAGUCGCCGGUAUGUAUGGUCUCUACUAUUUCGGUGCGUUCCUGCGGGCCAAGAGUAGGUUUACCGGUUGA